CAACAUUUCUCAGUAUUUUCCGAGAAACAAACAUACAAAAGCAACCAAAACUUGCCACAUUGACCCGUGCCUCUCUAAUUCUUUUAUAUCGCGGGUGCAUGUUUAUGAUAGAAUUGCCUAACAAAAGAUUCAAAUCCAAUACAUUCCAGUCUUGAAAAUAUUCAAAAACCCACAUGCUUUGAAACUUGUGGAAAGUAAUUCAUUGGGUUUAAAAUUUUUUACUAAAACAAAAAAUAAAUGAAAAAAAAAAUUAAAUUUUCAAAAAAUUAAAUUUAAAAAAUUGAAACCAAGGUGGUACUUGGGGAUUACCCUGCUGCAACCAUCAACGAAACAAACAUUUCUUUCAAGCAUUCUAUCAAACACCUCACAACCCAUGUCCAUUCUACCUCACUUCCCAUACAAAUCUAUAAGGUCAUAUCAAACCCAUAUCCCAUUUUCAAAAUUCAAACGCUUGAGCUUCCAUUCUUUAUGAACACUGACAAAAUCUUUUAAACAUUCGAGUGUUCAAAACAAAGAUUGUUGAUGGCUGAGAAAAUGGGUGUCUUGACCAUCAGAGGGUUGGAAGAUAUGUUUGCACCUUUGUUGAAGAAGUGGAUUGGAAUGGUGAGAUUAAAGAAAAUACAUGCCCAAAUGGUCAAGUUCUCACUAUCACAAAGCAGCUUCUUGAUUACAAAAAUGGUGGAUAUAUGUGAUCAGAAUGGUGAAAUAGAGUAUGCAACUUUGCUCUUCAAUCAGAUGGUUGAGCCAAAUGGUUUUUUGUACAAUGCAAUGAUCAGAGCUUAUACACAUAGCCAUUUAUAUACAACUACAAUUUUUGUUUACAAGCAGAUGUUGGGAAACCCACAAGCUAAAGACACCAUUUUUCCUGAUAAAUUCACAUACCCAUUCCUGAUUAAGUCCUGUGGAGGUCUUGUGUGUCUUGAUCUGGGAAACCAAGUUCAUGGGCAUGCAUGUAAAUUUGGGCUGAAAUCUAAUACUAUAACUGAGAAUUCAUUGUUGGACAUGUAUAUAAGAUGUGAUCAUUUGAGUGAUGCACACAAGUUGUUUGAUGAAAUGAGUGAGAGAGAUGUGAUCUCAUGGAACAGUCUCAUCACUGCGCAUAUUAAAUUGGGCCAGUUGAGAAGUGCAAGAGCAAUAUUCGAGGAAAUGCCAGACAAGACGAUCGUCUCGUGGACCGCAAUGAUUUCGGGGUACACCCGAAUAGGGUGUAAUGCCGAAGCGUUAGAUGUUUUUAGGAGAAUGCAAAUGGAAGGACUUAAACCCGAUUGGAUCAGCUUGAUUGCUGUUUUGCCGGCAUGCGCGCAAUUGGGAGCUCUUGAACUUGGAAAAUGGAUUCACUUCUAUGCAGAGAAAAACGGGUUUUUGCAGAGGACUUGUAUAUGUAAUGCUUUGAUUGAAAUGUAUGCAAAAUGUGGAAGCUUAAACGAAGCUUGCCAACUGUUUGAUGCAAUACCUGAAAGAGAUGUGAUUUCAUGGAGUACAAUGAUUGGAGGAUUGGCAAACCAUGGCAAAGCUCGUGAAGCAAUCAAGCUGUUUCAAGACAUGCAGAGGGCAAAGAUCGAACCAAAUGAGAUCACUUUUGUUGGCCUUUUAUCAGCUUGUGCACAUGCUGGUUUUUUGGAUGAGGGAUUAAAGCACUUUUAUUCUAUGAAGAAAGAUUAUGACAUAGAGCCUGGGAUUGAGCAUUAUGGUUGUUUGGUUGAUCUCCUUGGUCGUACAGGGCGCAUUGAACAUGCACUCGAACUCAUAAAGGACAUGCCAAUGAAGCCAGACUCAGCGAUUUGGGGUUCUUUGUUGAGUUCGUGUAGAACUCACUGUAAUCUUGAAAUAGCCGUGGUAGCGAUGGAGCGUCUUCUAGAGUUUGAACCAGACGACACCGGGAACUAUGUCUUACUCUCCAAUAUUUACGCAAACCUUGGGAGAUGGGAUGGCGUGUCAAGGAUGAGGAAACUCAUAAGAAGUAAGAGCAUGAAGAAAACACCAGGAUGUAGUCUGAUAGAAAUCAACAAUGUUGCGGUUGAAUUUCUAUCAGGGGAUGAUUCUAAACCAUAUUCACAAGAUAUCUAUUGGACUCUAGAGCUGUUGGCUUUGCAUCAGAGAAAAUCGUGCAAUUUGAUUGAAAUUGUACCUGAGGAUGAAAGUGAAAAUAUGCUAUAAAAUCAAGAGAAAUCUUGCACCUUUUGAGGUUUU